AUGUUGUUUCCGAACCGAAAAAAUUGGUUAAUACUAAUCUUAAAAAAACUUAAUAUGAUUGUUAUUGAAGAUGAUAUCAGUAGUAUUGAUCAAGGAAAUGAAGAGUUAGAGAGUGAUCAUGAUCAUCCUCAUCAUCAUCAACAUCACAAACAAGAUCAAGUUAUAUUAGUAUCAAGUCAAGACGACCACAAUGAUGAAACUCUACGUAUUAUACAAUCAGAGAGUACAGAUCAUACACAAUCAUUCCAAAACAAUAAUGAUUUGGAGAUGGAGGAGUUGGAUCUCAAGGAGAACGGUGAUGUCGAUGGUGCUAAUCAGCGAUCGUCAAAUUCUUCGUUUUUCAUUGUAAAGAUAUUCAACUCUAUAGAGAAAGAAGUUAAAUAUACAGUACAUCUUGCAGUUGGUUUUCUAUUUAUUUUCUUUGGAUUUUCACCAACUCAAAAUCUAAUGAGUGUUGAUCUUUUAGUUAUUAAUAUUAUUUCAAUAUCAUCAUCAUCAUCAUUUCAAAAUAUUCCUAAAAUCUCUUUUUUAUAUUUUCCAGCAUCGAUUUUAGUUGGAACUGCUGCCUCUAUAUUAUGGACAAGUCAACCUGCUUAUAUUAGUAGAGCAGCAAAGAAUGAAAAAGAACUUGGAAAAUAUUCAUCGAUUUUUAAUAGUAUUUAUACAUGUGGUGGUAUUUCAGGUAAUGGAAUGUCUGGUAUCUUAAAUAGUAGUGGUGUUCCCAUUACCGUUGUGCUGGUUAUUUUCGGAUCGGUUGCAUUACUCGGUGUAAUUUUAGUUGGAUUGGUUCGAAAUAUACCCUCAAAAGUAAAAGAACCAGUACUAAGUAUCAAAGUAACUCUUAUCAAUGUAUUCUCUUGUUUCAAAGACAGACCAAUUCAAAUUCUAUUUCCACUUUUAAUUUUACAAGGUUUAACUCAAGGAUAUUUCUUUAGUGUCAUUCCGAAAUUAGUUGGAUUGGAACAAACUGGAUUUGUUAUGGUGAUGUUUGGUGUUGCUUCGGUGGUUGGUUCCUCGAUUUGGGGAGUGGUACACGAUCGUCUCGGUAAGAAAAUACUGGUUGUCGCAAUGUUGUUAAUUCUGCCAGCGUCGUUGCUGUUCUGUGCACUCGGUAACUACUCGCAGCGUGUAUUCCUCUUCUACGCUGCAUCGACGUUGAACGGUGCGUUCGAUUCACUUCAGAACAUCUAUAUCUUUGCCAUAAUCGCAACGAUCUAUCCAACCGAUAACAUCUCAGAGUACUCAGUUACACGUUUCCUCCAAUCUCUGUGCACAGCGGUCUCCUUCUUUACAUUCGGUCAUCUCACACUCUAUGUAAUCAUACCGAUUCUCAUGACGGUCUUGUUAGUCUCAACGUUUACACAAUUCUAUCUAAUUUCACAACACAACUCCAACAAAUUUAAAACAAUCAAAAAUAACAACAACAUCGACAACAACGACAACAACAUUGAAACAUCAAUACAUCCCUAA